GCAGCGGGUGGAGCCGGAGGGUCCCCGAGGUGGUGGAGGAGCCGGAUCGGAUCGAGGCAGGAGCACGAGGGGGGCCCCACCCCACUCGGGUGGGACCCUACCUUGGCACUGCCUCCUCUGGCUCGGCCGGGGUCCCUUGCACAGCCAGGACCAUGAUGUGGUCCAACUUCUUCCUGCAAGAGGAGGACCGGCGGCGGGCAGCGGCGGGCCGGCGCCGGGCUCAGGAGCAGCAGAAGCUGGGCCUGACGCCUGAGCUCGAGGGCAAGAUCAAGCUGGUGCUCCUGCUGGCCGCCCUGGGCGCCACGCUGGCCGUGCUGGCCGUGGGCACCGAAUUCUGGGUGGAGCUGAACACCUACAAAGCCAACGGCAGCGUCGUGUGCCACGCGGCCUACCUGGGGCUCUGGAAGGUGUGCACCAAGAGGCUGUGGCAGGCGGAUGUGCCCCCGGGCAGAGAUACCUGCGGGCCAGCGGAGCUGCCUGGAGAAGCAAACUGCACCUACUUUAAGUUCUUCACCACAGGGCAGAACGCACGCAUCUUCCAUAGAACCACUAAGAAAGAGGUGAACCUGGCAGCUGCAGUGAUAGCAGUGCUGAGCCUGGUGGCCAUGGCCUUGGGCUGUCUCUGUGUCAUCAUGGUUCUCAGUAAAGGGGCCGAGUUCCUGCUCCGAGUUGGGGCUGUCUGCUUUGGCCUUUCUGGCCUGUUGCUGUUCUCGAGCCUGGAGGUAUUCCGGCAUUCCGUCCACGCUCUGCUCCAGGGCGUGGAUCCUGAGCCGCCCCCCGCCCCCCGGCUGGCCUAUGAGUACUCCUGGUCCCUGGGCUGUGGUGUGGGUGCUGGCAUCAUCCUGCUGAUGGGAGCUGGCUGCUUCCUGCUGCUCACCCUGCCUGCCUGGCCCUGGGGCUCACCCUGCCUCAAACGGGGGCAUCAAGCCACCUAGAGGCAGGGGCCAUCCACUCGGGGUCCCUGCCAACCUUGUCCCUCUCUCUAGUGCCCUCCUGGAAGCCUACCACCCACCUACUGAAGAAAUUGUUCCACCAUGGCGCCUGGUGCUUUCCACAAACUGGGCCCCCUCCGCCCCUCAUCCUUUCUCUCUGUAAAUAAAUUUUCCUUGGUG